AUGACGGAGGCGGACGCAUGCGACAUGAAGUCGCGGCCGCACCAGCGGACCCGCAAGGCGUGCCAGCAGCGCGGGUUCACGAUCUUCCCGUUCACGAGCGACCGGAAGCGGAUGAGCGCUGUUGUGCGGCAGGAGGACGGGACGCUGCUGCACCACGUGAAGGGCGGGUCUGACCGCAUUCUGCCGCUGUGCGACCGGUACGUGAACGAGACGGGCGACGAGGUGCCCAUGACGGACGAGGCGUGCGAGCGCAUCGCGCAGCAGGUGAAGAAGCUGGCGGACAUGGGGAACCGGACCAUCGGUGUCGCGUACGCGGUGCUUAGCGGCACCGAGCUUCCCGAGGAUGAGCCGACCGAGGCGCUGGUGUGGCUGUCCCUGCUCGGCAUCCAGGACCCGCUGCGGCCGGAGGUGGCGGAUGCCGUGAUGAAGUGCCAGGCGGCCGGCGUGACGGUGCGCAUGUGCACCGGCGACAAUAUCGAUACGGCCGUGGCUAUCUCGCGCCAAUGCGGCAUCUUCAACCCAUACUACGGCGAUCUUGCGAUGACUGGCCAGGACUUCCGCAAUCUUGUGUACGACGCGUACGGCGACGACGAGCGCAUGGCGAAGUUCUGGCCCGUGCUGGACCACAUGACGGUGAUGGCGCGCUCGCAGCCGCUGGACAAGCAGCUUCUUGUGCUGAUGCUGAUGACGCGCGGCGAGGUUGUUGCCGUGACUGGCGACGGCACGAACGAUGCGCCUGCGCUGCGUCUUGCGAACGUUGGCUUUGUGAUGCGGAGCGGGACGGACAUCGCGGUGAAGUCUGCGGACAUUGUGCUGCUGGACGACAACUUCCGCUCUGUGCAGCGCGCUGUUGUGUGGGGCCGGUGCGUGAACGACAACAUCCGGAAGUUCCUGCAGCUGCAGCUGACGGUGAACUACGUGUCCGUGGCGCUGACGUUCAUCGGGUCGCUCAUGGCGGGUGGCCGCUCCUCGCCGCUGACAACGGUGCAGCUACUGUGGGUGAACCUGAUCAUGGACACGCUGGCUGCCUUGGCGCUUGCGACGGAGGAGCCGAGCGAGGAGUGUCUGAAGCGGCAGCCCAUUCACCGCAAGGCGCCGCUGGUGUCGCGCCGCAUGCACGUGACCAUUUUUAUGGCAGCAGCGUACAUGUUGGGCCUUACGCUCAGCAUGCAGGCGUACGGCAAUGUGUUAUUCAAGGCAGGUCCACUCGGCGGCAUUGAGCACAGCACGAUCGUCUUCAAUGUGUUUGUGUUGAGCACGUUGUUUCACAUGUUCAACUGCCGCAAGCUGUACGAGGAGUUUAACGUGCUGGAGGGCCUGUUGUCUCGCUCACCCCUCUUCAUUGGUGUCAUUACGUUCUGCUUCGCCUUUCAGGUGGUGGCCGUGGAAGUGUUCGGUGACUUUAUGAAGGUCACGUCACUGCGAUCGGAGGAGUGGCUCGGCUGCGUGAUCGUCGCCAUUGGUGUCCUCGUCGUGGGCUUUAUAUCUCGUUUAAUUCCUGUUUGCGAGCCCUCCUUCGAGAAGACGUUUGAUGGAAGUAUGCUCGAUGAGGACGCCAAGGCGGUACUGGCAAGGGUCGACAACGCCGUUACCAAGGCGCAGGCGACGACUGAGGAGUACAAGGAGGGUAUCUACCUCGAUAAGGCGCGUAGGCUUCGUGCGCGUGCGCUGUGGAAUGAGGCGCGCCACCACCAUCUCCACGUGAGCCGCAUCGUCAACGCGUUCCGUCGCACAAGGGUGGAUAGAUUGGAGGAGGGGAGGCACUUAGGCGUCAUUUAA